CUUAGAGGCAGGUGGGAACAUGCAGUUUCUAUUACUCUGCUGGUAUAAAAGAAGGGCGAAGACUUUAUUAAUUGCAGUUCCUGAGAAAUCACAAGAAAAAUUAAAAUUCCUCUUCAGACCUACAGUUGACUGCCUUGAACACAUUGUUGAAAAAGAUCAGAAGAAGGGGAGCCAUGGAUUACUACAGAAAAUAUGCAGCUGUCAUUCUGGCUACCUUGUGUAUGUGUCUGAAUGUUCUCCAUUCUUUUCCUGACAAAGAGUUUACAAUGCAGGGUUGCCCAGAAUGCAAGCUAAAGGAAAAUAAGUACUUCUCUAAGCUGGGUGUCCCCAUUUAUCAGUGCAUGGGCUGCUGCUUUUCCAGGGCAUAUCCCACUCCAGCAAGGUCCAAGAAGACAAUGUUGGUUCCAAAGAACAUCACCUCAGAGGCCACAUGCUGUGUGGCCAAAGCAUUUACCAAGGCCACAGUUAUGGGAAAUGCCAGAGUGGAGAACCACACGGAAUGCCACUGCAGCACUUGUUAUUAUCACAAAUCUUAAACAUUUUCCAAAGUGCAUGAUGAUGACUACUGAUUUCAUAGGAUGGAAAUUUAAGUGGCUCAGUAUUUAUAUCUUGACAGGUUAAAGCCCUCCUUUUCCUAACAAGACCAUUUUGAUGUGCUUCAAGCAUAUACUGCAGCUUUAUUCCCUUUCUCCUUAUCCUACAGUAUAGUCAGCAGUCUAACUCUUUUCAUCCAGAAUGAAAUAGAGCAUUUAGCAUGAUCAUAAAAAGCUGGUUCCAUUGGAAAUAAAGCCUUUAAACUAUCAUUCA